AGUGUAGUGUGUGCGCUUGCUUUGCAUUUUUAUAAAGAAGAUUGAUGAAUUGAGAGUUGAGAGUUAAAAAAGAGAAAACCCAUCUCUCUCUCUCUCUCUCUCUCUCUCUCUCUCUCUCUAGAAACUCUCAAUCUAUAGCCAUGUCAAGCAAGAGAUCACCGCUGGCGGUCGGAAAACUAGCCGGAACACGGGUUUUCGGCAAUCCAACCGGAUUCACCGAUGCAGCCCCGAGCCCGAGAAGCCCUUUGGAUCUCAAUAUUCAAUCCCCAAGGCCAAGAGGCUUAAAGAAUUAUGAUCUUGGUGGGGUUGUUGGGCUUGGAAUUGUAGCUGCCCUUGAGAAAUCCGGUGAACCCGGGUGCGAAAUUCGGGCCAAUAAGGCCGUGUUUGGACAAAAUUUAACCCGAUCUAAUCCAAUUCCGGUUAAACAAGCUAACAAUUGUGUUAGACAUAGAGGGGGAGAUUUGGAGGAAAUUGAUUUUGAUAGUUUGGAGGAUUAUACCUUUGUGACUUGUCAUGGACCAAACAAGUCCUUCACUAGAGUGUAUUGUGAUGGAGAUGAAGAACAUGGCAAAGUUGGGCAUGAUAGAAGUAUUGGCUUUGAAAGGAGAAGUAAAAACUAUGGCUUUGCCAUCUUCCACAUAUCGCCAGUUAGAUUUGGAGAAGAUAUCACGGCAUACCCGGCCUCCGAUUUUCUCAAUUCUUGUCACUUGUGCCAAAAAAAGCUCCAUGGCAAAGAUAUAUACAUGUACAGGGGAGAGAAAGCAUUUUGUAGCACAGAAUGUCGGUAUAGGCAGAUAGCGAUGGACGAGCGCAAAGAGCAGUGUAGCUCUGAAGCUUCAAGAUCAUCGGCAACAGAUCUUUCAAACUCACCUUACACUAAUGGCCAGAUCUUCUCAACAGGAAUUCUAGCAAUUUAGACAACUCGAGGACACCACUAUACUAUACAUACAAGCAUGGUUUUAAAUAAUAGCGUUGAGAUAGCUGAUAUCAGAUACUAUUGACGCGUAUAUUGUUGAAUAUCGGUAUCAAUAUUUUAAAACCAUGCAUAUGAGAUUCAACACAAGUUAGAAGCUCUCUUUUGUUUUCAUUUUACAAGUUUGGUUGUAAUUUGGAUGUAAGAGCAAAGCUUGUGAUAUGUAAUGAGAAUUUUGAACUUAGCUACCGUUUGGCAACUUAGUUGGAAGU